AUGGACGACAACGAGAAUGACAUUGUGAUGGAUGGUGAGGAUCACCGCAUGGCGGAUGGCCCUUCAGCUACCAAUGGCUUUCUAGAUCCGACGACGACUGGCGAGAGCUCACCCCAGGGGACCGUCAAUGGCCACAGCGCGGAUGGAACUGUGCAAGGCGAGGAGGACGACCCGACGGCUUACCCAGAGCGCUUGCGACGGCGUGGUUUGCUUCCCACAGGCUGCUGCUAUGACGACCGGAUGAAGCUACAUGCAAACGCAGACUUUGGACCCAACCCCCACCACCCAGAGGAUCCGUCGCGCAUCGAGUACAUCAUGAAGACCUUCAAGAAGGCUGGCUUGGUGUUUACCGGCUCCGACGCUGAUCUCAUCCGCAUCAUUCAGAACGAGCCGACCAAGUACAUGUGGCGGAUCCCGGCGAGAGAGGCUACGAAAGAGGAGAUCUGCUCUGUCCACCACCCAGCCCACUUUCUCUGGGUGGAGGCUCUAUCGCAGAAGACCACGCAGGAACUCCGGGAGCUUUCCACACGGAUGGACCAAGGACGAGACUCGAUUUACGUCGGCAGCAUGACAUACGAGGCCUCGCUUAUCUCAGCGGGCGGCGCCAUUGAGACCUGCAAAAGUGUCGUCGUGGGCAACGUGAAGAACGCGUUUGCCGUCAUCCGCCCCCCAGGCCACCAUGCCGAGUUUGACGCCCCCAUGGGGUUCUGUCUAUUCAACAACGUUCCGAUCGCCGCCAAGAUCUGCCAGGCCGACUACCCGGACCUGUGCCGCAAGAUUCUGAUUCUCGACUGGGACGUCCACCACGGAAACGGUAUCCAGAACCUCUUUUACGAUGACCCCAACAUCCUCUAUAUUUCCCUCCACGUCUACCGCAAUGGCGAAUUCUACCCCGGUAAGCCCGACAACCCGAUGACGCCCGACGGCGGACUGGAGCACUGCGGUGCUGGCGCAGGCCUGGGAAAGAACGUCAACAUUGGCUGGCAUGACCAAGGCAUGGGUGACGGCGAGUACAUGGCCGCGUUCCAGAAGAUCGUCAUGCCCAUUGCCCACGAAUUUGGCCCGGACUUGGUCAUCAUCUCGGCCGGCUUCGACGCGGCCGCGGGCGACGAGCUGGGCGCCUGCUUCGUGACUCCCGAGUGCUACGCCCACAUGACACAUAUGUUGAUGUCGCUCGCCAACGGGAAAGUGGCCGUCUGCCUCGAGGGCGGCUACGACCUUGAUGCUAUCUCCAAGUCGGCCCUAGCCGUGGCACAGACGCUGAUGGGCGAGCCGCCGCCGAAGAUGGAGAUUCCACGCCUUAGCCAUGAGGCGGGCAAGGUCUUGGCCAAAGUCCAGGCCUACCAGGCGCCGUACUGGGAGUGCAUGCGCGCCGGAAUCGUUGAUGUUCAGGAGAUGCAGGCGCAAGAGUCAUCGCGCUUACAUGAUGUGGUUCGGAGGGCCCAACGCCAGGUGCUGUCGGAGAAGCAUGGCAUGCUGCCGCUGUACAUCCAGCGGGAUAUUCUCUUCAAGUCGUUUGAGAAUCAGGUGCUGGUGACUAGGGGGAUCCAGUCUGCUCGUAGGAUCUUGGUGAUUGUGCAUGACCCACCGGAACUCCAUGCGCAGCCCGACCCGAUGAACAACUCGCUUGAGCCGCAUAACGCGUGGGUGACGGAUGGCGUGACCCGCUAUAUCGACUGGGCCAUCGAAAAAGGCUUUGGCGUUAUCGACGUCAAUGUACCUCACUACAUCACCCAUCCCGAGGACACGGAUGCAUUCACUGCGCGCUUCGAUGAAGGCACGCUCCAAGCCCAAGUGCAGGAGCUAAUGUGCUACAUCUGGGACAACUACCUCCAACUCUACGAUUCGGUUGAAGACAUCUUUCUCAUGGGCGUAGGUAAUGCCUAUCUGGGGGUUAAAGUCCUGCUCAUCAACCGCCUCGACGUCAAAUCCCGCGUAGCGGGUGUGGUCAACUUUGUCAAUGGCAACCUGCGGCCCGUCAAAUCCGACGUGGACGGCGAUCUCUCGUCGUGGUAUAAGGAGCACUCCCAGGUGUACGUAGCCAACGACCACGCCUGCUGGUCCGACCGGGACCUCACGCGCAAAGUCAUGAAGCGCCGCUUCGGCAAUGUUAUUCGCGCCCAGGUUAACGGGCUGACGCCUAUGAUGGGCGAGCACUUUGCGGAUGUGCAGCGGUUUAUUGCGGAGCGGGUGACGCAGGGAGGGGAGGGGCCGGAAGGUGGUAAUGAGGAGAUGGAGGAAGAGGAGAUUGGGGGUAGGAUGGGGUAG